AUGGAUACCAAUGUAGGAAAGUAUCCCAAAGGUGGUUAUCCAGCAAGACUGAAAAAGGUUUUAAUUGUUGCUGCUCCUUUAUGGUUUAAGGCACCAUUUAAAAUACUUCAGUUAUUCUUGAGGGAAAAACUGCGUGAUAGGGUGUUUAUGGUUAGCAUUCCACAGUUAUGCAUACAUAUACCUCCUACAUCAUUGCCAAAAGAACUUGGAGGCAGCUUUCAUGUAGAUCAUAAAGCAUGGCUACAGCAUUGUUUGAAAUCAACAACAAAUCGGUACCUUGAUGAAGUAUCUGAGUCAGUUAGUCCUACUUUACAAAAUGGACCUCUACCAUUUAAUGGUAUAAUUUCAGAAAAUGGUGUUAUCCAUAUAAACUCAAGUUAUAAUGAUAGUGAAAUGGACAUAGAUGAAACAAGUGAACGUCAAAACUCAGUGCAUGAAAAAUACAAUUCAGAAGAGAGGGAAAAAGAGGUGGAAGUCUUAAAAGAAGACUUACUACAAGUAUCAGUUAAAGGCAAUGAAGAACCCUGUCCUCUGACUCCAGAAUCUGGUGUAACAGAUUUUACUGAAGAUGAAGAAAAGCAUUUAUCAAGCAGUUGUGCAUCUCUGUCUAUAUGGGAAGAUUCUGUCCAUUCUGAAAAUUGCUGUGGUAUGUCUUUAGAAGAGUUUAUUGAACAUUUACGCACAAAAGGAAGAAAGGGUCUGUAUCAAGAAUAUGCAGAAAUAAAAGCUGCACCACCCGAGGGAACAUUUGAAACAUCCAAGCUAAAGCCAAAUCAACCAAAAAAUAGAUAUACAGAUGUUUUGUGUUAUGACCAUAGUCGUGUAAAAUUAUCUCUGGUUGAUGAUGAUCCUUAUUCUGAUUAUGUCAAUGCAAAUUUUGUGGAUGGAUAUAAGCAGAAGAAUGCUUUUAUAUCUUCACAAGGUCCUCUUCCAAAAACAUUUCCAGAUUUUUGGCGAAUGAUCUGGGAACAAGAAACUCAAGUUAUUGUCAUGACAACUAAAACUGUAGAAAGAGGUCGAGUGAAAUGUGGCCAAUAUUGGCCAGCAGAAGAAAGUAUAACUCAAGAGUUUGGAGAUUUUGAUGUUUACAAUGGAGGAAUUGAACAUUUUGCAGACUUUACCAUAACUAAUUUGGUUUUGACCAACAAAAAA